CGACUUGACGAGAUCAAGUCGUGUGCUAUAGCUGCCGCUAACCCAUUACCACAACAACAACAUUGCCGAAGUCUCUCCUCGUGUAGUCGUCCGGAGGAGAAAACCUUCAUAUUCAACAAGAAAUUCUGUCAUGCUGCAUUUAUUAUACACAAGACCUACGCCAUAGAAGCUUAUAUGUCUAGUAUAUAUGCAUAUAUAUGUAUGUCAACGUAUGCGACUCAUUGAACAUUAAUCAGUGAACACUAUAUGCACAACAUUUUCACGUAGCAAGAAAUGGCUGGGUCCAGCAUCCUCAGUAGUCGCACAUUGGAAUGGGUGCAAGAGAAGGGCCUUUGCUCAUCAACAACAGCAACUGCAUUAUCCAAAAUGGGAUUUAAGCAGCUGACUACUAUUCAGCUGCAUGCAGUUCCACAGAUAUUAGCCAAAUCCAACUGUUUUCUUCAUGCCCGAACAGGUUCUGGAAAAACAUUAGCUUUUCUAAUGCCCACCUUGGAAAGAUUAAAAGCUAUGAAAUUCAAAGAGUCACAUGGUGUUGGAGCUUUAAUAAUAUCCCCUACAAGAGAGCUGGCACAACAGAUAUCACAAGUACUAAAACCACUUGCAGAUGUACAUGGGUUUUCCUGCUUGACUCUCAUUGGAGGGACAAAAUUGGCUGACACUGAUCUAAAAAAUGGUGCUACAGUGGUUGUCGGGACUCCAGGUAGACUGUUGGAGGCUUUGAGUGGUCGGGACAACAUGCAUCUUCCAGUAUGUUACCUAAGAAUCCUUAUUUUGGAUGAAGCUGACCGUCUACUGGAUAAUGGAUCAAAUACGCAAUACUUGAGGAAAAUUUAUUCCGUUCUUCCACAAGAAAAGGUUCAGAAGAUACUUGUGAGUGCAACAGUAUCAUGCAAGUGUAUGCAGCUGGCUAAAGAAGUAUUAAAAACAGAUUUCUUCUACAUUACUGCUGAAAACACGACUUCACCAACAACGGCACAAGUCAAACAAAGCUAUCUGCUUGUGGGUGCCAGUGAUAGAAUAUCUAUGCUUGCAACUGUGUUGCAGACAUUAAGAAAGAAGAAAGUAAUCGUUUUCUUCAAUUCUUGCCAUUCCGUCAAAUUUCAUUAUGGAGUUUUAUUCAAUCUUAAACUACCUGUACUGUAUUGUGUGGGUCAGGAAAAACAAGUUCGGCGUACUGGUGUGUAUGCCAAGUUCCUGGAGUUGUCACGAGGGAUUCUUCUGACGACAGGAAUGGCAGAGAGGGGCUGGGACAUUCCCGGGAUUCAUUGGAUAAUUCAGUACGAUCCUCCACACAAACCUGAGGACUAUAUUCAUCGUGUUGGACGCACUGGUCGUGGGGAAGGUAGUGUCGGUCAAGCACUUCUUUUCUUGAGACCUGAGGAGAACCAAUUUGUUGAUGUCCUGAAAACUAUGAAGGUUGAAAUUGAACAGCUAGAGUUUCAUGGAGAUUUGAAGGAAAUUCAAAACAAGGUUGAUUCCUUUGUCUUGAAUGAUAUGGAAAUACAGCAGAUGGCAAAGUUAGCAUUCAAGAAAUUUGUACGAGCUUAUCAGUGUCAUAAGUUAAGAAAAAUAUUCAGUGUGCAUUCACUGAAUCUUCAUGAAAUAUGUCGGGCUUUUGGUUUUACAAAGCCCCCAAUGGAACUAGGCCAUUUAACUUGAAUAACUCUGAAAAUGAGAAAGUGUAAUGGUGGUUAUUGAAAAGAGGCAUACUUCUACUCGGUAGCAGAUUAAUGUGCUUUAAUUAUUUAUUCUGAGCAAAAUCUCAGUUGCUUCCCCAGCCAAAAGCAAAGUUCUUAAAAAAAAAAAACAGAGAAUUAGCAUAUAUGCAAUUAAGACCCAAUAGAAAAUUGUUUUAAAUGGAGUACCCCAGGGCUGUCCUGGGACUUCUUGUUUACCAAAAUUAUAAUUGCUUUAGACAUAGGCGUCAACAGUAGCAUUUGCAAAUUUGUUGAUUACAAAAAUAGGAUGGGAACUAAGUUUAUAUCAAGACACAAAAUUGCUACAAAACAAUCUAGAUAAGAAUAUGGAAAAUGAAAAAAAAAAUAUUGGCAAAUGAAGUUAAAUGUUUUAAAGUGUAGGGGUCUUUGUCCUCCCCAUGACUGCACGUGGUACACUUAAUAUUAUGCUUCUUCAGCUUUAUCUUGCCAAGGUAGAAGGUGCCCGUGUAAGGUCCUAUGUAGAUCAUGCAGGUUAGAAGUGGUCGUCAUUCUAUAUAAUGGACAUGACGGGAAUUCACUUGAUCGCAUGAAGAGAAGGAUGACCCAUUUCUAAACCAGUGUUUACUCAGGUCUUUUCUAAAUCUAAACUUCUCCAGUUUGUAUUUAUUGUUUUGUGUUAUGUUUGAAACUUUGUUUACAUUUCCUUUAUGCUUUUCUGUCCUUCAAUCAUUUAACUUACACUUUGCCUUUCUAGAUAAAGUAAAUGAAGAACUUUAAUUGCUUCAUUAAGAAUGUUUCUAAUUCCUGGGAUAAACUCUGUCAUCCUUCUCAGUAUUUGGUGAAGUGAAUUCAAGUCCAUUAUAAAGUACGGCAACCAAUACUAAACUGCAUAAUCUAAAUGGUACCUAACAAGGACAGGAAAACAUUGAAGAAUAACAUUAGAAGUCUUAUUGCUGUAAAAGCUAGCCUGGGGUCUUGGGGUCCUGUGGAGUGUUCAGUCUGGGGUCAAGUAUAUUUAGAGCUACGAGUGUGACACUACACUCUACAUUUGUUCAUAUGAGUGUGACCUUUGACAAAGGUCUAUAAAAGGGGUAAAAACCCAAAUGGCCUACAGUGAGGCCCAAUUACAGACAUCUCCAUGUAGGCCAUCUGGGUUUCUGCCUCUCUCCUGGAACUUUGUCAAAGGUUCUACUCACAGAUCUAAAUAUGCUUGAACCCAAGGCCUCUGCUCGACCCCAGGCCAGCUGGUUAGGUGUUACAUUGCUAAUGUUUCUAGAAAACCAAGUACUGUAUCCUAUUUGCUUUAUUUUAUACAUGCAUACAGUAUAUAUUUUAUUGCAAAAGAUCCCUCCCAAUCAUGAAUCCUAGAUAUUUCUCUCAGGCAAACUUUUCACUUUCAACAUUGUUCAACUGCUGGUAUCUGCUAACUAAAUUUAUUAACUAAGCUCAGUACCCUAUGUUUCUCAGCAUUAAACUGUAUCGGCCAA